GUGCUGGACGAAUUUUGUUUACAAGUAUGAUUUAUUGGUAAAUAAAUAUAUUAUAUUUUAUCACAUUUCCUGUCCUAGCGCAAUCGUUGCGUUCAGGGAAUAGCGAAUAACAAUGUCGUAAUGAUUAUUGUAAUGAUAGGGCACAACUGAAGACUAAUGGUCAGAUUAGAUUAAUUGAUACUUUAUAAAGGCUUUUAUCAGUAUCAAUCGUGAUGACUACUCACUUUAUGCGGACACUUCGACACCUGUCAUUGUGAGAACACAAGACUGAUGUUACUCUUAUAAUACUCUCAUUACGUAUUGUGUCUAAAAUUUGUUUUAAUUCAUUGAGAAACUUAUGAAACCACUGCAAACAGUAUUUACGCGGUUCAGAGUGCUACGCAAACAGAUGCAAAUAACGAUAACGAUACUGUGUUGAUUUAUGAAACGAGUUUUGUGUAGAAAAUGGUGAUAAUGUGGUAAACAAGUAUUAAGAGAAGUUGUGUAAAUUUGUACAGCGAUAUUCUUUGUCUACCCAAGCAUCACAGAGAAUCAAAUCAUUUCAAAGAGUUUUUGUUCAAGAGUUCAUUUUUAAUCCGAUGAAGAUAUUUGUGUAACACUUUCCAACUAAUAUGGUAUGAUACAAACAGUAAAAUUGAUGUUAGUAUAAAAAAGAAGAAAACAUGUCAGAAGGAGCUGCUAAAGUACCUCCAAAUGGAAAAUGGGGUUGGAUGAUUGUUUUAGCAUACGCUUUAAACGGGAUCUCGACUGUGCCUAUAUUCCAAGGAUUGGGAUUAGUGUUUAAGGACACUUUCCCUCGUUUUGGGUUCAAUGCCACGGAAGCAGCCAUUAUUAUUAAUACAAAUUUGGCAUUUGGUAUGGUACUUGGACUGAUUAAUGGACCGUUAUUGCGAAUUUUUGGAUAUAGAAAAAUGGCUAUAUUUGGUAGUUUAUUGUAUUGCAUUGGAGUGACAAUGACAGCGUUCAUCAGAUCGUUUACCCUCUUUAUAGUAUUCUAUGGUAUCAUUGCUUCACUAGGCAUGAGCAUUACGUUUUCUGCCUUCUCGUACGCGCUGAAUUCUUAUUUCACGACAAAAAGGGGACGAGCAAUGUCAUUAGCGUUAACAAUGAUUGGCCUCGGUCCUAUAAUUGUACCACAAGUUACGACAGUCUCACUCUCGUAUUAUGGAUUUCAGGGCACUGUUCUAUUGUUCGGAGCGUAUAGUUUGCAUUCGUUGGUAGGAAGUUUAUUACUUCAGCCAUUGAAAUGGCACACAAAAAGUGCAAAAGUUCAAUCGAAUAGCGAGGACGAAGAAUUAAUUAUAAAUGGAACAAAAAGCAAAUCCGCAGAUAUUAAAUCUGGUUCUGAUGAAAAAAACACUAAUUUUCAAGAGGAUGAAUACUCCUUAAACUCAGUAUUGGAUUUAAGCAACUUGCAGAAAAGAAGAAAAAGAACUACUUCAAAGCUCGAUUACGAUUCUGAUAUUGGAAGUAUAUACGGAUUUGAUAUACUUUUCUCGCGACAACUCUCGGAGACAAUGAACGUUUCUUCGGGAGAGAAGGACGUCGAUGUAUACAGAAACAGGAAGCAACAUGAUCGGUAUAAAAGUGUCGAUACGAUCAAUCUUGGUAGCAGCGUGAAGAUUUUUGACGAGAGAUCUGGGUUUGAAAGGAAGCACAGUAACUUGAGUAUUCCCAAUGCAAAUGAUUUUCAAAUGGAAAACAAUUUAUUGUUAAAAAAUAACUCAGAAAAAGAAAUGGUAAAUACAGGAUCUGAUAGCAGCGAAGAGUCAGAGAAGAAGUCAGUUAUGAAACAAAUACUCCAGAAAAUAAAUCAUGUGUUUGAUCUGGAUCUGUUAAAAGAUCCAAUAUAUGUAAACAUUAUGGUGGGAAUGUCGGCCGCCAUCUUUGCUGAGGCGAAUUUUUCCACGUUGACGCCAUUCAUUUUAAUGGAUAUGAAAUUAUCCACCAAGGAAAUUGGAAUCGUUAUGAGUAUCAUUGGCAGUUUGGAUCUAGUUUUCAGAAUGAUGGCUCCAUUCCUUGGUGAAUGGUUUCACCAACCUCCAAGAAUAAUGUACCUAAUAAGUUUGUGCCUUUUAAUUAUAAGCAGGUCAUCGAUAAUAUUUGUCAAUGCAUUUACUCCAAUGGUGAUUGUCGCUGUUGGAUUAGGGAUUGCCAAGGGAAUUCGUACGGUUUACAUGAGUCUAGUGAUACCUCAUUAUGUACCGAUUGAGAAGUUACCUAACGCGUCGGGAAUUCAAAUGAUCGUGAAUGGAUUAUUCCUCCUAACUGCUGGACCAAUUCUUGGUGUGAUUCGCGACCGCACUGGAUCCUAUGCGGCUUGUAUAGUCAUGAUGAAUUUUAUCACUGCAUUCACAGUGGUAAUAUGGACGGUGGAAAUGCUCAUUGUUCGGAGAAGAAGAUUACGAAUGGGAAAGCAACAAGAAGCCAAUUCUUAACCUUAGUUUCUGUUGCAGGGCGUAUCCUAAUUGCACUAUUAGUCCAAGAAUCAUUCCAUUC